UUAUUGACAACGCCGAGAAGAAAGACGAAGAUGACUUGGAAACGAGUCGAUCUGCAACAGACAAUUUUUUUCGUCGUGAAAGCAUUGAGGAUUUUGAUGAAAUCAUCGAAGUGCUCAUCAAAGCUUGUCGUGAGGCGAAGGAAGAGGAAGACGGUGGACGGCAGGGCACAACAGACGGAGAUUUGUUGCCGCUGAAUGAUGUCUCACCAACAACUUCAGCAGUUAGCAAUGGAAUAUUUUACGCCGAGUUGAAAGAUGGUGAAAUAGAAAUGGGUUUUCAUGAUCAUGUUAAAGACAGCGAACGACUGGUUCGUCUCAACGGUGGGAUGAAGUCAUCAUUCAAGGAGAACGGGGACUUCCGUUCUUGUCGUGAUAUUAUAGGUGAGGUCUAUUGGACAAAAAAGAAACCUGAGAUAAAUAUCUUAAAAAUCCAAGAUACGGAUAAAACUAGCCUGCUCGCAGCUCGAAAUUUCGUUCAAAGGUUAAAUUUUCGGGUGGGGUCUGCUGAGCAAGCUAGCUAGGAUAAAAUAAGACUUUUAAAACGAGUUCGUACUGCAUGACGAAACCCAAUCACACGAAACUGAAUUUAUUCAUUUCACAUGCAUGAGAUUGGAGCGAAAUUAUAUUCAGAAAACUAUAUAUUAUAAGAAUUGAACCCCGUUUAAUAGCAGAAAUGCCCCAACCUCUGUAUUACUAACAAGACUACGUUCACGCAAGGCUGGUUGAAUCGAGAAACGUACGCACGUUUGCCCGCAUUUCGCGCGUCCUGUGCAUGUGAACUGUAGAGAGUUUAAGGUCUAGGUACGACGCAGCCGGCUCAGCGACGAGCUUUCAGUUAAAACUACGAAUUUGUCAUGCAAGACAAAAACUGUGAAUAAUUUGUGAUUCCAAUGGUGUUCUGAACGACUUCUCAACGCAACAUUAAACCAAACAUAUCUUUCAAGCAACGUGAAAGCUUAUUGCGACCCAAAAAGUGUUACUUAAAGUCGAAAUUACAGCAAACAUUGCAUAGCUUUAGCCGAACUGAGCCGUUUGUAAGGUUAUUUCAUAAGCUUCAAAUAUUUAUUACAGUAAUCAAAUUUCUUAGCGCUCCUUCUUCAGCUGAAAUAGAGAUCGCGUCAUUGACCAGGUCACGCGUCGUAGAUCUUAAACUUUACUAAGCAGAUUAUUUACAAACGUCCAAACGGUUUGACAAAAUCCGGAUCCUGUCAUUUUUAAAUGGAGCAACGGAACUUAAUUUUUACUUUGUUUGUUAUGACAUAGAACUGCUUCCAAAAGAGGAACUGCUAAAAUUACUCAGAGAAGACCCAGCCCGUUUUAUAAAGUGCACUUUCCGUAUUGACACCAGCGGCCGGCAACGGAGAUAUUACGGUCAACUACCAACACCUGAUAGCCCUAAUAUCCGCAUCCUUGGUCCAGUCCGAGGAGUGUACGAGGAUGAUAUUGUUGUACUCGAAUUACAAGGCCAACAAGAAGGAAUUAGUUGUCUCGGGUAUGAAAAAGGUGAGCACAAAAUUGUUUUCUUGCCUUCAAUUGAAAAAUUUUGCUUGAUUUUGACAGUAUACUGUAGUUAAGAUGCAGUAAAUUCUUGAUUCAACCAUCAACAGUUUUAAAAACAUAUUUGGUGGGAUUUUUUAUUAGAUAUAAAAUCUCCUUCACAGUUAUGAUUUUCUUUGUGUUCUCUUCGUGAAUUAAUCAUGCUAUUUAAUAUGAAUAAAGUGUAAAACCAAUUUUAUUUCUUUCUUAUGCCAAAGGCGUUUUACGAACACUUGUCGCACCCACAGAACGUUAUUUUGUGUGCACAGUUGACAGAGCGAAUCCCAGUGUGAUGAUACCUAUUAACAAAAGUCCAUGGAAAUUAUCAAAUAUUACCGAGACAAAUAAAAAAAAUAUUCUCAUCUAUACCUUGCAAAAUGGCAAGGUUAAUCAUCCAGCAAAAAUCUUGAGAAAAAAACAUUAUGAAGAAGCCCUUGCUGGUGAACGUGUGUUCGUUGUAAAAUAUUUGAAAUGGCGCACUGAAUUUCCUCAUCCUCUUGGACUGGCUGUCGGCCAUAUUCCCCAUGGUAGAGAUUUUAAAACAGGCAUGAAAAUUCUUUAUGAAGAGUACAAUAUCAAGAAAGAAUUUGACAACAAGUUGCGUAAAAGCGUUAAGAAAGAAUUCGAUGAAAACUGGCAGCUUCCUGCGAAUGAGAAAGGUCGGCCUGUUUACCGCGACAACGUGUUUACCAUUGAUCCACCCGGAUCACUAGAUCUUGAUGAUGCCAUCAGCAUCCAAUCACUUGGCAACGGAAACUAUAUGCUCCAUAUCCAUAUCGCUGACGUGUCAUAUUUUGUCCUGGACAAUACACCUCUUGACGAAGAAGCCAGGUUACGUGGCACUAGUUAUUAUCCACCGAAGCCGGACGAAACUGUUCCGAUGCUUCCCCGAGAGCUGUCCCAAGGUUGUUGUAGUCUGCUGAAAGGAAAAGAUCGUCUGGUUGUAACGGUUAUUGUUGAAGUGACGCCUGAUGGAACAGUUGUUGGUGAUGCAAAGAUGGAGCGAAGUGUGAUCCGCUCUAGUUCUAGGUUGACAUACCUUGAAGCACAACAGAUCAUUGAUGAAACAAGUCAACGGAGAGUCAACAGAGAGGUAAGAAAUUCCUUCGUCGUAACAACCUUCUUUUUAUUUCUCUUAGAAAGGUCAUUCAGUUUAAUUCAUCCCAAAGCAAAGAGGAAUAUCUAGUCUUAGAAAUAUUGUCAAAUCUAGUGCCGAUUGUAAUGGGAUAACUAUCAGAGGGACCGAAUCUUUCUCUGAUAAAACGUUAAAAUGAAACGUGUGUGGCAUGGAGAUAACCGUGUUAGAGAGGUGCACAUUUCACAUCGGUGCUUGUGUAAUGGAGGUGGUUUGUCAGGGGAGUGUUUAUUUCAUGAAGGUUUAUUUGUUAAAGAGGCAUUAGAAAUGUUUAUCUUAAAUAGGUGUCCAUCCUAGAAAGUUUCCUGUCUUGGAAAGGUGCCCCUUUUAGAAAUGUUCUUCACAGAUAGCCUCACUGAUCAAAAGAAAAUAAAAAAAAUGAGGAAAAUUUGUUUAAUUUAAAAUACAUGUAGAGUGAAUUUUCCCUCUUAAUCAGCUUCAUUCCUUCACAGUGUAAUUUUUCCUGUUUUAAGAGAAGACAAAUACCAGUGGAAGAAGCUAUCGGUGUUUUACAUCGUAUUGCCCAAGGACAUCGAAGAUCGCGUUUGGGUUUCGAGAGAUCGUUGUACCAAAGAAGGAGAGAAGAUUGUGAUGAUGAUGAUCAUAAUAAUGAGAGAGAAUCUCAUCAGAUGAUUGAAGAGAUAAUGAUCAUGGCCAACUAUUUGGUGGCAAAAUAUUUACUGACGAAAUUCCCUAAUUGCACACCGCUUUGUGUUCAACCACCACCCAAAACACGUCGUGUGGUAGAAUGGAGAAACCGUUUUCAGGAAUUUCUCAAUUUUGCGCUCGGGCUGGAAUGUUUAGGAGAUAGGGAGAUCGUCCAGGACAAAACGGUUAAACUUAACGUGCCUUGUACGACAUGGAGCAUGAUAAUGAGCAAAAUUGAACAGGAUUCUAAUUUCGAUGAAUUAGUAAAAUUUGUUUGUGAUCUUGAUCUAUUUCCUCAGCUUUCAUUGGCAAAUAUGCACCAGCAACAGUUGCAGCAGAGAGGACGGUAUAUUUGUUCGGGGGAAACGUUCGAAAAUAUCCCCUUUCCAUGGCCUCAGCAUGAAAAAGAAAUUCCCGCAGACAAGCAGAAAGUUCAUGUCGAUGGGUUAUCAAAUGUGCUUGCAGAUAAUGCCAGCUUAUCAGGAGAUAACACAAAACAUCCAAAAGAUAGUGCAGAUCAUGCAACAAACUCUGGACAUACGAAAACGGAGGUUGCAGGUCAUAUGCCGGCGUCUUCGUAUAGUUCAAGCGUUUACUCCGACGUUUCGUCAAAUUUAUUACCAGAUGACAUAAACUUGUCUGAAGAUAGCAACAAUGUUUCAGAAGAUAGUACAGAUAAUGAAAUAAAUUCUGGAAUAAAAAAUACGGAUGAUGCUAUAGAUAAUGUACUGGUCGUUUCAUGUAAUUCUGUUAACGAAGAUGUCCAAUGUUCAACUAAUAUUUCAAACCAAUGCGACUUGAAAAAAAUCUUGUACGGACAUUCUAGCCUUCGCCUUAAUGCUUAUUGUCAUUUCACUUCACCAAUUCGCCGCUAUAUCGACAUCGUUGUCCAUCGUUUGGUGGUAAAUAGUAUUGAAAAUGGAGCCAACAUCAUACGCGAUACAAACGAUAUUACGACACUUUGCGACCGUUCCACGUUUAUUUCCCGAAAUUAUGGUCGCUUUGGCAAAGACGCGAAGAAACUUCAACUAGCUGUGAACUCACAAAGUCCCUUCAGAUUUGUGUCCGCGUUUAUUGACGAAGUAGUGUCAGAUGAAUUGAAGCUAUUCUUUGGCACGGGAGAAUUUAGGCUUCUCUCUGGUAAAUCAGUUCGUAUCGCCCGACUCGGCCCUGAUAAAGAUCCAGAAGAUGGAGACGAUCACAUUAAACUGCAGUGGACUUUUCGUUUCUUACGGUUAGACAAACGAGGCCGUGCACAACCAAAACUGCAUAUCUCUGACGAUGAGAAAUCGCACGAGAAGCUGGAACAUCAAACUGAGGGUAAGUAUUAGUUAAAGUAAAGGGUUAAUACGAGUCUUUACGAUCGUGCGUUUAACCAGCUAAGUACAUUAAGGGCAUUUGAACGUCUUCGGUUAUAUUGAGAUAACUUUGGAGAUUGGUGUAUUGCCGAAAUCAGUAGAGUGUCUUUUCCGGAAGUUGAAAAGAACAGUCGGAAUUAAGGCAGUAGAAACGCUUCAUGCUUUAUGAUGUCACGGUGAAGGAAUGCGGCGUGGAACUUGAAUGUUAUUUUACAUAUUAGUAAUUUUAUUUGGUGACAAAUUGGCAAUGACUUUUUUCCAUAAAAACAUUCAGAAUUAAACUCUUGUGCCGCUUCCAACCACUCUUUUUAGGUUGUCCUAACAUAGACUUGUGACGUGCUCACAGCUCACUAACUUUCCACGCUGCAUUCCUUCACAGUGACGUCAUAAAACAUGAACGUUUCUACUGGCUUCAGACCGUCUUUUCAACUUCCGGAAAAGACACUCUACUGAUUUUCGGUAAUAUUUUUGCAGCAUGCAUUACAAAGUAGUUACUCCCUGUUCUUUCCUGGAUGAAUGCUGCAAAAUUCAUUUCGAGAGUGUAAACUAACUUUACGCUGCACUGUUAGUUCUAUACUGGUACGUCAUGGCAGUCUAGUGAGGGCUUUCUCUUAUUGGUGUUCUCUUACGAUGGUACAGGAUAAUUAACUUACCACUGUGUUACCAAAUAUUUUUUUAUCAGAUGAAGAACCUGUUCAUUUAUCAGAAAUGGGAGAUGAUUUUGACUAUACCGUGAGUGGUGAACAGUGGAAUAGAGUACUGGAUGCAGUCAAAAAUCAACGUGAAGAUCUACUCAAAUCUCGGUUGCAAGAAGUGGAUAAUGAUAUUCGAAAACAAGGGUUAGUUGGCUCGCAAAAUUCUAAUUCUAUUUAUGCCUGUAGAAAAGCUGUCAACAUACUAGACCGCGAGCAAUCCCUCGGGAGAAAGGAGGGUCCGCCGACAACACAUCAAGAAACGAAAUACGCCCACUUUUCGCUCUUGUCAAGUUGGCUCCGCCUUUGCAUAAACAUUACUUAUAUCCAAUUAAAUCUAUCCAAUAGGAACCGUUAAGGGGCGGACCAUUAGAAAAGUGAUGGGGGGGACAUUUUUAACUUGUACGAAUAUAUUUGUUUAAUUUUCUGCUUGUGUCGAUAAUUUUUUUAAAUACAAUUCCUUGCAUGAAUUUUUUUUUUCAACUUAUAAUUUUCCCUAUUGAAAGCCUCUGCACGAAUUUUUUUUUCAAACUUUUUUGGUGCGCGAAUUUUUUUCUUUCUGUUUCCCCUGCGCGAUUUUUAUUUUUGCUCCCCACUACCACUUUUCUAAUGGUCCGCCCCUAAUGUCAUGUUUAUUCACAGGGUGUAUCAAAAAAAGGUAAUCGAACUUCAGCGCGCUAUUGUACGUGAAUUACUCGUAUUAAUCACGAACUUGUCGUAGCUUAGCUAAGAUUUAUUCCUACUUAAUAAUAAUUAUGAAUAUGUGCGUAGUUUAUUGAAGUGAAAUUCAUCGACUUAAUAAGUACCGAAGCGGGUUAAUUUUCAAUGGUUAUAGCAACGGACAACGGUGAAAAUAUGCGAUUCUGACUAAAAAAAUUUUAUCGGAUUCGUAUUUGCUCAUUUUUUAUCCAUUUGUCAUGAAGAACAUAUCAUUCAACACUAAAAGCCUGAUCUUUCCGAAGAUGAAAAAAUCUCGUUCAUACGCAGAGUAAUUCAGAUACAAUAGCACGCUGAAUUUAUUUUGAUACACCCUGUAUAAAAUCAACAUUCAGUCUGUAAAUUAUUUGUAGAAUAAUUACUACGUAUCAGAUUUGAUUGACAGGCGUAUCGAUUUCGACCAAUGGGAAUUUUGCAUUGUGUGGGCAACGCAUAUUUCGUUUCUGGAUGUGUUGUCGGCAGUCUCUCCUUUCCUUUCGCAUGCCCGGAAAUCUGAAAAAAAAAAUUAAAACCCGCGGAAAGGAGGGACCGCUCGCAGUCUAUAAACAUACAUAACAAGAUUGCAAUGUUUAUGCGCUUCAUCAUUUUAUAAUAUGCAGUAGUGGACACUUCGCCAAAUAUUGGGGAGAGGGCGAAUUUAGGUCAACACCAUAUUAUCACCCUUUCAGUGUUGAUACAAAUCUCAACUUUUUUGUCUCCCAAUGCUUUCAUGGUUUUAAAACAUUUUUAUAACUUUGUUACACAGUAAUAAUUCAGAGAUACGAUUCAUGAUAAUACGAUCCUCCUUGGCAGCCAAGACCUAGGACCUUUACUUCAAAGACGUCAUGUGCCGUCAAAUGCCUUUAAGGCCCUAGGCUGCAACCUUGGGCCUUACUACAUGCUUUACUAUUAGGCCUGUUUUCGAGGUCAAAUUUACGACGAAUUUAAUUCGUCCAAAUUGAUGCUUCUGAAUUAUACUCGACGAAGUCAAUUUCAGUCAAUUAUGCGACGGAACUCAUCAAAUACUUCGAUAACUUAAUGUUCUGCGUCGAAUAAAACCAUUGGAAAUGUCCUUUUCUUGAACGAAUUACAUUUAACGAAAACAGGCCUUAUACAUAAGGACUAAGUAAUAUAAAGACUUGUGGUUGAUUUCCAAGAAAAUGUCACCUUUUAUUUCAUGAAAGAACAAGACAUGGAUGAAAUACUCAUACUCAAAUUACGCGCGGUUCCGAGCAACGUCACUGGUUAACGUCCUUAAUUCUAAAUAACCAUAUCUAUUCUUUCGUCCAUAGAAAGCCCAAAAGCUGUACAAAAGUAUCUCUACUAAAACGAAUACAGAAUGAUCCCAGUCUGUCUUCCAGUCCACUUUAUCAGCAUGCAAUUGGCAAACCAGGGCCGUCUGCGAAAGAAACUGACGAGGUUCUGAAGGUUACAAGAUAUUUUAAGCCAUGUGAUCGAGUGAAGGUUCAACUAUGUUCUCAAAUGACUCGAGGUGUUCUUUCGCCUGCUAUACAACUGUUCAAGCUAACCGAUGUUUGCGAUGAGAUACAUGCUUGUGUCGAACACCGAAGCUCUCCGACUACCUGCUUCGCGAAGACUGCGCAAAAGCGACCUACCAACGCCAGGUUCCCCCAUAUCACAGAAUAUGUUAAGCAAUGGAAACCUGUGCUGAUGAUGGAAAUUGUUACAUCUGCAGUUCGAGAAGAUGACAUCAUAUUUUUAUCGAAUCUUCUUGUGAGUCUCGAGCGAGAUUCUAAAGGUAUAGAUAUACUGUAAACUAUUUAUUUAGAAAUGGAAAAUUUCGAUUCAUCAACCAAAAAAAAUGAAAGCGACGUACUAGUAGCCUAAAUCAUCAUAACUUGGUGCAACUAUUUUUUAUGACUUCAAUUGAGGUAAUGAUAAAAUUGUUCAUAGUUGAUUAGAAUCAAGGAAUUAUAUUAAUUGUGGAAAACAAUUAAAGCAAUGGACUAUCUUCCAAAAAAUUUAAAUAUGUGACUUUUUUGCCCCUUAUUGUAAGCUAUUUGACAACUUACCCCCUGUUAAAGCAAAACUAUUCAAUCUCUUUUCAGGUAUGGUGAACAUGGAGUUUAAAUUGUCCUAUGAUUAUUGCAAGGAUCACUUCCUGGACCCGCUUGAUUUAAACCUCAUGUGUGUUCGUGUGAAAGAUCCCGAUGGAUCAGAGAAAGAUACAGGAUACUGGGUCGGGCAUUUUCAAAUUUCGGAAGAAUUGAGGAAGGAUGAUGUAAGGAAAAUUAAUGAAGAAGCUGGGGAGAAUGCAAGUAGCCAGAAGGAUCAAGACGUUUCGGCCAAUGUUGCUGAAUUGGGAUCAGAUCUCGACGAAUACCGGUCCGUUCUAGCUCGAUUAAUUCACAGUUCCACACCAGUUCCGGAGUCAUUAAUCACGCAAAGAUUUUGCUACGUCACUGUGGAAUUAAUACGCUUAAGUAUUCCAAACAGGUCAGUUGAGAUUUAAUCCCUAUAGGCAAACUAGCAGACAUUGUUGCGGUAACAUUUGAAAAUAUUGAUGUAUGUAAAAUGCUUCCCUUGUGAUUUAGCGUGAGACAUAAAAAUUAGUUAAAUAUUAUCAGCAUGCAUAGUAUAGUUUUAGGAAAAACUGCCCGACUCUUCGAAACUCGCAGAAUAAAUCCAACUUGGCAGCUGGCAACUAGCUGUUGCGGUGUCCCUGCCAAAACGUUCUUGUAAAUAUAUAUAAGUGCAUGUAAAUUUUCGUUAUUUAAUGGCAAAGUUAAUAAAUUAACUUCUCAGUAAAAUCAUAUAUAUAGGCUUCUAUGUAAACUCUAAUAUCCCAAUUUCCAUGCUUAACAAUCCCGUGAAAAUCCUUUCCCAAAAAGGGACCAUACUAUACUGUGGAGAAAUGACAGAUGCUUGUUGGUGGAAAAAAGUUAGGUGUGGUGCCGUAUGUAGUGGGGGGGGCAUCCCCCUCGCAGAAAAUGUUUGUAUUUUUCCACCCCUAUAGGACUGCAUUUCCGGUGCGUUUUCUGAAACAGAUUUUUGGAUAUAUAGCAUUACAUUAUACUGUAGAUAGACUGAAUAUUCAGUUAAGUCGGCCCUGCCGUAAGAGAAUCCCCACAGGUGUUAACAUGCACAGUGAAUUGUUUUAUAGGCGCCGUUUUAAAGCACUAGUUCAUUCAGUCACGGCACCCAAACUUGUUCAGGAUAUUUGUACUGGCAAGGUAUCUACAGAACUUGAUGUUGUUGGUAAGUUACAACUCACGAUAUAUCAAAUUACAGCCAGUUUUCUAGUAAGCUUUAAAGAAAGAAAAUCUAGUUUAUGCAAUUGAAAAUUUUUUGCAUGCAGCAUAAACUAUAUAACAACAAACGAAAAAUUUAAAAAUUUGUUCGAAAGAAUGACAGUAAUUAUUUUGCUUGGUAUGCUAUAUCUCUUCCUGCAUAGUGUAUAACACUUCCCCUAAUCUUUAAUAUUUUUUAAUUUAAUAAACGACCAACGUCUGAAAGUGUCAAAAAAUCACUGUCCAGUACGCAGUGGUAGCCCUAUCCGGCCUUCGUCUGCCUCCUUCAGCUGCCCACAAAACAUUCUCGCAAUGUUUGUGUUCUUUUUUUUCAUUUAUUCUUCUAGAGAGCAGUUCUUUACCACAGAAGUUAUCUCUAUGCGAUGUGUAUCGAACUCUACGAAAGUUAUAUGAUCCCUUGAACAGCUGCCAAGAAGGUGCAGUAAAGAGAGCGUUGACCAAAUCAUUUACACUCAUUCAGGGACCACCAGGUAAAAUUUCAAAUACAAGACAAAAGAUUUACACAGUAUUUAAAUCCUUAAGUAGGGCCAAGAUCUGA